GAUGGCCCCGACGAGUGCCGAACCACCGCCGACACGAGCCGGCGUGAUCCACUCGACCACAUCCCUGGUGCAGCCAGACUUCCCCAGUGCAUCGGCAUCGAUAUCAUGCGCAUCUACCCGGUGUUCGUCGUCGACGUAUAUAUCCCCUCGGCACCGCUCUGGUAGCUGCCGGUAACCACACGACGCAGCCAUGACAACAACUCCCAUCAAGGACGACAUCAACUUUGACAAGACGGACGGUUAUGUCCACACGACCGAGGUUUUGGAUGUAGAGGGUGGACAGGCGGGGCCCACAAAGCCUCUCCGACGCGGUCUGCACAAGCGUCACAUUGCCUUUGUCGGUUUCGGUGGUGGUAUCGGUGUCGGUCUCUUUGUCGGAGUCGGCGCCUCGCUCGCCAGGGCUGGCCCUCUCGGUGUGUGGCUCGCCUACUGCUUCACCGCGGUCAAUGUCUGGUGCAUCAUCCAAUCAUGCGGAGAGAUGGCGACCAUGUUCCCCGUUGCCGGCACGUUCCCUCACUAUGUCAACCGCUUCCUCGACCCCGCGUUCGCGUUUGCGCUCGGGUGGACCUUCUGGUUUGACAAGGCGCUGGCCGUCGGCACCGAGGUGACCGCCUCGGUCGUCCUGAUCAACUACUGGACCGACCGUGUGCCAGCAGGCGCCUUGAUCACCAUCCUCCUGGCCGCCAUGUGGAUCAUCAACUUCCUGCCUGUCCGCUUCUUUGGCGAAGCCGAGGUCAUCACAGCCUCGAUCAAGGUCAUCACGCUUGCUGGUCUCAUCAUCCUCGGCCUUGUCAUUGACCUGGGCGGCGCGCCGUCCAAGGACCGUAUCGGCUUCCGCUACUGGAAGGACCCCGGUGCUAUGAACAACUUCCCCGGCAUUGGUGGCUCGUGGGGCCGUUUCCUGGCCUUCUUCCUCUGCACUGCCCAAGCCGCCUUCGCGUACGGCGGAAGCGAGGUCAUCGUCAUGACCGCCGCCGAGGCUACCAACCCGCACAAGCAGGUGCCCAGGACGAUUCGCAUGUUUGUCGCUCGUCUGCUCUUUUUCUACGUCGUCGGCGUGUUCAUCAUUGGUCUUCUCGUCCCAUUCAACAACCCCGGCCUCGUUAGCGGAUCUGGCAACGCCAACUCUUCCCCUUGGGUCAUCGCUAUCAAGGCGGCAGGCAUCAAGGGCCUCCCCUCGGUCGUCAACGCCGCGAUCCUCACCAGCGCCUGGUCGGCCGGCAACACCUACCUCUACAUCGCCGCCCGCUCUCUGGUCGGCCUCGCUCUCGACGGCCAGGCGCCAAAGAUCCUCGCCAAGACCACCAGCCGUGGUGUGCCUAUCCCCGCUGUCGUGCUUUCUGCUGCCGUCUCGUGCUUUGCCUACCUCUCCCUCGGCUCUGGCGGAGCCUCCCAGGCAUUCGGCUGGCUGCAGAGCAUGAACACGCUGUUCAUCCUCAUCAACUGGGGUGUGCUGUGCCUCACCUACAUUCGCUUCCGCGCUGCUCGUAUCGCACAGGACAUCCCGCGUGCGGAUAUCCCAUGGAUGUCGUGGGCGCAGCCUUACGCUGCAUGGUACGGCAUGUGCUUCUGCUGGCUUGUUGUUCUGGUGCAAGGAUUCCCCGUCUUCCUGAAGGGCAAGUGGGACACGCCGACGUUCAUCGCAAGCUACAUCAGUCUGGUCAUCUUUGUCGUCCCCUGCGUCGCGUACAAGAUCUUCUAUCGGACCAAGUUUGUUCGCCCUUCCGAGGCCGACCUCAUGUCUGGGCGCCUCGAUCCCGCCGACAUUUAUGACGAACCUGCGCCGACGACUUGGUGGGGCAAGGCGGCCGACAAGAUUAUCUAAGCUGGGGGUGAAGAGGGCAGUCGAGGGGCUGGCGGGCAGUUGUAAUCGGAGGGUUAAGCACGAAACGAAAGGUUGGGUGUAGUGCAAUGCAG